AAAGUCAAUAUCAAUAUCAACGUAGCCGAGAUGGAGCCCACAUAGGAACGACCUUUGUCCAAAAUCACGCUACGUCAACGCCUGGUCCAUAUUUCCCACGUACGAAGUUUUGCAGAAGGUGCUGCUGACAGAAUGGUGCCAAGAUCGCACCGCACGGAGCCUCCUCUACCGCAAUCAGGGACCACGUCAAAAAAGCAACAGAUAGACGACCUUCGUCAAAUACCACGCCAUGCCUACGCUGUGUCACAAAUCCCACGUACGCGGUACUCGCUGAAGGUGCUGCUGACAUCUACUCACAUUAUAGUACUACUCAUGUCUUCGGUCCGAUCCCCAUGUCGUGAUCCAACUGAUCACGACAGUGCAGACCUACCAUAUUGAUUCAGAAAGAUCUCACAAAUCCGUACAAGAAUCGUAGCAUCGGGUAGGCUAAUCAGAAAUUAUCUACUCCCGUACUUACAUUAUUACACUGAAAUUUCUAUAUGGAAAGUUAUUGAAAAAAUCAGAACGAGAAUGUGUGACCCACGCGGAUUGUGGUUUGAAAACCGUUGAGAGUACAAGUCAUUCAUGCUCGUAUAAACAAUUUAAUUAUAGUUUUUGUAUACUUAGGCCACGAUCACUCGUCGGAAGAUAAACGGCGGACGCAGAGGUUAUUAGGACAAUUUUGAAAGUAUGGAACGUAUGCGAUGCUUCGUGCGGCGCUGUGGGAGCAAGAGCUUCCCGCCUGCAAUCCGAAGAUAUUGAGUUGUGCUGAAUUGAAGUCUUUCUGAGUUUGCCAGUAGAGUAGAUUAUGCGCAAAGCAUUGAAUUGACGAUUGGAACGCUCUCGGAAACUGGCCACUGCAGAACACGUGGUCCUGAUGAUAAGUGCAGACAUUCAUUCGAAGUAGACUAGCUGUAUUGGUAAUCCUUUUCACUGUAUUCGAUUGUCCAGUUUCCGGGUCGACCCACUGGGCACAAAGUAAAUCUCGUUGAUCUCGAUAGGAAAUUUCUGGUGCUGAUAGUGCGUAGACUUCUCGUCUUUUGAAGACAGAGUAAACUGGAACGCAGGAGAGCAAGUUUCAAGAUAUUGAUUGUUUCUGCGCUUCUCACCUUCAACUCGCCUGUCUACCCGUUUCGUCUCAAUCUCAGAAAGGUGAUUCUUGCAAAGUUUAUAUCUGACAGUUUUCUGUUGCUCUUAGUGAACAUUGCUCUUGUUGCUUCUGGCGAGAGAGGCGUGGCUUUUAAGGCUGAUAUUAGCCCUGAGAUUUUCGGUGUAUCUGAAGCUUGUCUUUACGAGCAAGUAUGGGCAUGGAAAGAUUAUCUGGGCAGCGACAGGACGCUUAAUCAGCCGCUUUCCUAGCUUCACACUUGGCAUAUCUGCUUCACACUUCCCAUAUCAAACUGGCGUUGCAUUCAAGAUAUCUUGAUGUACAAGAGUUGAUUAUUUCAGGCUUCAUCAAUUGCAGUAAAGAUGCUGGCACGGACCCUGGAGUGGAGUGGAGUGGAGAAGCGAGAGAGAUUUCAUCCAAGCACCGGUACAAGUGGCUGAAGAAGGUGUCACUAUAAGCCUCAGUCCAACCCUCGAUCCCAAAUGCAGUGCGGAAGCGCUGAGAACUGCUCGAGCUUUCUAGCCCGGGGAAUCGUGAGCGCAAGGCUCCUUCGAAGUUUUGUCACAUUUGCCCGCCGGUUACAAGUACCACACGCUGAAUAAGAGCUUUGGAAGAAAAGUGCUCUUUACAUUGUUCGUUGUGAUUUCAAAGGCUCGACAUCUGCCUAAGCUGGAGCCGUGAUAUCAGGCAACUAAUGGCGGGCAGAGAUUUGUGUCAAUUUUCUCUGCAACUCACAAGCCAGCUUCCAAUGAAAUUGGGGAGCAGAAGCAGAAGAUCCUUGGCUGGAAUUCUUUCUGGGGUCUUAUUAUGUAACCUGAUUCUUUCUCCGGUCCUCUCCCAGUCUACUGAGAACUCUACACAAGGAUUCAUAAGCAUCAGCUGUGGCGGCGUAAGCGGAGUAGACCCUGUCACCUCACUCGACUGGAUCACUGAUGAAUCUCACCUCGACUCGUACAAAAGUCUUUUUGAUGAAAAUGCCAUCGCCACCGCCGACGUUCAGUACAACGAGAGCUCACCUAGCGUGCCGAAUGGCGAACAGUUGAAAACUGCUCUGGUGUUCCUUCCCAACAAAAUGACACGCUCGAAGUUUUGCUACACCUUGCCGAUUGCAUUUAGCGAAACUGAAGGAUCACGAAAUUAUCUUCUUCGAGCAAUGUUUCCCAGCAAAAACUUGACUCUGAAAGGAAAAGCAUUGUCGGGAUUUGCCACUCGGUUCUACCUUACUGUCGAUUCCACCUACAUCACCACAAUCCAGCUACUGCCUUCUAUACCGCAGACAAUCGACCUGGUGGUCUCUUCAUUAGAUGACAAAUUUUACGUUUGUCUCGUGCCCUUGGAAGACAAGUCAUCAAUGCCAGCUAUCUCAACUUUGGAGUUGCGUCCGUACAAUCCUACGUCCGCAAAAUCCGAUACCUAUGGCAGAUCUGGUCAGUCGAAAGAGAAGCAACAGUCGAGCUAUCUCAUGCUCGUUGAUCGUUUCGACUUCGGAGGAAUACUUGAAGCUGAGUCGCCUGCUCUCAGGUAUCCCGCAGACCCUUUCGAUCGUAUAUGGUCAUCCCCACGAAUUCCCGCAGGAGCGCAGUUUGAGGCUUACAACAGGACCGAAGAUGCAAACCUUUCGUAUGGCGGGGACAAUGUUCACUUCCCUAUUGCAGUUAUGAGAUCGAUAUGGAGGGGAAAAAAUUUGUCGUCCACCAUUAACUUUGAGGUUAAUGUGAAGAGCGUUAAAGCCCUCCGUCCACUUCCAACAUUCUGGUUCCAGAUGUUAUGUUCAAACGUUGUUUCUGGAGAUGUGAAUCCUCAUCAAAAGGUCAGUCUAAUCGACGGUGAUAUAGCUUGGAUCUGGUCGGUGGUUGAGGCAUACACAACUCCCCGUUUUAUUCAGCUAUUGAACAACGACCUUUUAAUCAGUAGCGAUUCAAUUACAAUCAGAAUUGAACCAAAUGAAACCACAGAAGCACCUGUUCUGGUAAAUGCAGUAGAGAUUCAUGGUGAGUUUGCAGCGGUGGCAGUGAGAACUUCAAAACUUGAUGUUGAUGCAGUCAAAAGGUUUUCAACCAAUUUGGUAUCAAAAUCCCUAGACACAGCUGGGGAUCCAUGCCUCCCAAUUCCUUGGGACUGGCUAGUUUGUAGUAUCGAAUUGCCCCCUACAAUAACACAAAUAAAUCUUACUACGAAAGCCGUGUUGGGAGAGUUCGACCUGGAAGUAUCAUCGCUAAGUCGUUUGACCGUCUUGGACUUAUCAAAUAAUCAUUUAAAUGGACGCGUGCCACUAACCUUAGUGAAUGUUUCCACGCUGAGAGCGCUGGAUUUUUCACGAAACAACUUUUCUGGUCAAAUUCCGCCUUUUCCUGCAGAUUCCUUCAUGAAUUUGGAAUAUAUAUCGUUCUCCCAGAAUCAGCUCGUCGGCAACCUCUCGUCUUUGAUACGGUCUUUGACACAGUCGCUCAAAGGGAUAAAUCUUAAAGAUAAUGCUUUCAUCGGACCCAUUCCUGCGGAAAUUAUGAAGUUUGAGAAUCUGGAAAGCUUGGAUUUGUCAGGGAACAACUUGUCUCAAGGUUUACCCACUGAACUAGGAAAUUUACAAAGCUUGAAGACACUAUAUUUGAACGAUAACUUAUUGUCAGGCGCAAUCACAGAUACUCUCUGGAGCUCUAAACUCGAAAACAUAAAUAUGGAAAACAAUAACUUCACAGAGCUGAACCUGACAACAUGGUACUAUCUCGUGAAAGGAAAGAAGGAAUUCAACACAUCAUCCGUGCAAAGAGUGCGACUGUUGGGGAACCCGAUCUCCAUAGUUCAUAUUCCAUCAGACGAUGCUCUCGACGACAUUAUACGGCCAUCUCAAACUAGCGGGCAGUUAUCAGAGCAAAACAGUAACUCAUUUAUUUUGCUUGGAGGAAGUCCUUGGUGUUUGGCUCGUGGAGGUUCAGAGAGUACUCUAGCAAUUAGAUACCUGUGCCGGACCAACGAAGCUGAAGAUUUUUGGCUUGAAGAAGAUAGUGGAAAUAGAACUUUACUUAUCGUGGCCAUAACAGUAGGCGUUGGCGCGCUCGUCUCGGCGGCUAUCCUCAUGUUCUUUCUGAGAAAUUCCUGGAAGCGCAUACAAAACCUUCAGCAGAUACAAGACGCUCUGGCCAAACUUGAUGUACGACCACCGUUUUACAAAUACGAGGAGCUGAAAGCAGCAACAAAUGAUUUUUCGAAGAACAACGAAUUAGGGAGAGGAGCAUUUGGUGCUGUGUACAAGGCUGUGUUCGCAGAUGGGACGAUUCUUGCUGUUAAACGGCUGUAUCCAACAGAUCAGAAUGUGAUUGACUUCUUCAAGGAGAUGGUCUUAAUAUCGGGUAUCAAGCAUACGAAUUUGAUCCAACUCAGAGGAUGUUGUGUAAGAGAGAAAGAGCGGAUGUUGGUAUAUGAGUUUGCAGAAAAUAUGAAUCUUGCCGAGGCAUUGUGGGGUAGUUCCAGACCACGUGUACUAAACUGGGAUCAAAGAAAGAAGAUAGCUGUUGGUAUUGCACGUGGUCUUUCUUAUCUUCAUGAAGAGUUACAGCCCAAAAUUAUCCACAGAGAUAUCAAGCCUCAGAACAUUCUUCUCGACAAGUAUCUCAAUGCCAAAAUUGCUGACUUUGGAUUAGCUCGACCUGCUGAUGAAGACAAAACUCAGCUGGCUACUCAUGUAGGUGGAACAAGGGGUUACUACUCGCCAGAAUAUGCGACCCUAGGCAUGUUUACAGAGAAAUUGGAUGUCUAUAGCUUUGGGAUCCUUCUACUGGAGAUUGUUGCAGGAAGACCAUGUCUCAGAUCUGUUUCGUCUACCUUGUCCGAAGAAGAGAUGUACCUACGAGUAUGGGCGACUGAUCUGUUACGCAGAGACAAAUUGAUGGAUAUGGUAGACCACGAUUUGGUGAGAAAUUGCUCCCAGGAGGAAGUCCUGGCGACUCUUAAAAUAGCUCUAUCUUGUGUCCAACAAGAAGCAAAGGAUCGACCUUACAUGUCUCAGGUUGUGAGCAUGCUCACUGGACUUGCAGCCUUGCCGUUUUGAGACAUGAACAGGCAUGGAUAUAAUAGUCUCCCGCCGAAAUACGUAUAAUUUAGUCUCCUCGAAAGACUUACUUUAGUCUAUUCAAAAACAUUAAAACAGGCGAAUUUAGUCUCCUUCCAAAAGUUCAUUUAUGUUAAUUUAGUACACUAAAAAGGUAAUUUAGAUUAAUUUAAUUUCUUAAAAUUUAAUUUAGGCUAAUUUAGUUUACCAAAAAUUAUUUCCAGAGUAAAAUUUUUUUUAAAAAUUCUUAAAAAAUUACAUUAAUGUAUAAAAAAUAAAUUAAAAAAUCCAUCAAUCUU